CGCCCUCUGACCGCCCAGGGAAAGAGGCGGCGCCGCUCACUCGCUCCCGCUCCGCCGGGCUGGCUCAGGCAAGAUGGGGAAUGCGGAAGUGGAAGCUCCGGCUCGGCAGCGCUGCAGACUCUGCCGAUGCGAAGCGGCGAGGCAUCGCUGAGACCCCACCUGCGGCGCGCCUUCGCCCUGCAGGCCCCGCGGGAGGCGGCCGCGCUGGCUUGGCUAACACGGCCGUGGGCAAGGAGGCGGGCGACGCGGUUGUUUCUCCCUUGCCUUGUCUCCCAGCUGUUUUAGGGAGGUGACCCGGGAAGGGCGCAGGGAGGCCUGGUGGUGCCCCGCUUGGAUGGGGGGAGGGUGGUGGUCGCUCCGUGCCAACUCCUCUUCCCCGCUCUGGAUGGACGGAGCCAUUUUGCUCCGCUCGCUAUUUCCUUGCCCCUCCCUACCCGCAGAAAUGAAAUAAAGGGUACUUGGGGCAGCCUUGAUUCAGAUAGUGUAGGGGAGCUCAGGGGGUGUUUGCCAGUCGGGGAGUGUCACUUCAGAGAUUACUCAAAGGCUUUAUUGUUACUUCAGUGUUACUCAAAGGUUUUAUUGUUAUUUUAUUGUUACUUAAAGGUUUUAUUCUCUCCCGCCCCCUGGGUUGAGUGUGGGAAUGGAAGUGAUGUUCACAGAGAGGGUGGAAGGAACUGAUUGGGUUGGGUUACAAAAGAAGAAUCAGUGAAAAGAUCUCUGUGUGGACCAUAGUCUCAAAGAGAUUAAGAAAUCUGGGCCCUUGGCUAAGGAAUAGUUGAGAGGUUGCACAUAUCAAGGUUCUGUAGGGUUUUGGAAGUGCACCUCUGAAGUAGUAAGAUCUUUGCAAGCUUUCAUUGAUCACUGCUGCUUGAACCCCAUGUCGGAGACUAUGUUGGCCGAACAAACCCAGAAGUGGUUCCCCACUCAUGUACAGGUCACAGUCCUCCAGGCCAGAGGCUUAAAGCCAAAGGGCAAAGGUGGCACUAAUGAUACCUACACAAUCAUACAGCUGGGGAAGGAGAAGUAUUCCACAUCUGUGGCAGAGAAGACCCUGGACCCUGUGUGGAAAGAAGAAGCCUCAUUUGAAUUACCUGGAUUGCUGAUGGAAGGAAAUGCAGAAAAAUACAUUCUCUCUUUGAUAGUCAUGCACAGGUCUCUUGUUGGCCUUGAUAAAUUUCUGGGACAAGUUGCAAUAAAUCUGAAUCACAUCUUUGAAGACAAGCUAAGAAGAAAAACAGAGUGGUUUAGCCUAGAAUCUAAACAAGGAAAAAGAACUAAAGACAGAGGAGACAUAAAGGUCAACAUACAGUUUAUGAGGAACAAUAUGACAGCAAGUAUGUUUGAUCUCUCAAUGAAGGACAAAACUAAAUCUCCUUUUGCUAAACUAAAGGACAAAAUGAAGGGGCGCAAGACUGAUGGGACACUUUUGGAUACAUCUUCUGCAAUCAUCCCAAGCACUCAUACUCCAGAAAUGAAUGCUGCAGCUUCCCUUAGUGAAAUACAGUUAAAAUCAAAACCAAAAAAGCCUUUCCUUUUGGGACCUCAGAGACUAUCAUCAGCUCAUUCAAUGUCUGAUUUAAUUGGACCUCAAGUGUCUUCAGAAAAAAAUAAAUCAGGCACAGUUGGCAAUCCAUACCUUUUCAGACGUCAGCUAGAGUCUGUUGGUUCUAUGGAUGAAAGCGGAAAUCUAAAAUCUCCACACAGACGGACGUUAAGUGCAGAUACAACUAAAGUGAAUCGGCUUGACAGCACAGCUGAUGACAGCGAGUCAGUUUUUGGAGCGCAGAAUGACCCUUUUACAAACGUGAGCGCUUCAUUGCCUCAGAAGUUUGCCACACUGCCGAGACAGAAGAAUCCAUUUGAGGAGAAUCCUAUCUCAUGGGACCAAAAUGUAGGCUUGUUUUCAAAAACUCAUGAAGUAAAAAAAGACCAUAAGAAAGAGAAAAAGGAGAAGGUUAGUCUUUUUGAAAGAGUCACUGGGAAAAAAGAUAGCAAGCGGUCGGAAAGACUUAGCAACGGAGGAUCAGAUGGCUCCGCUGACUUGAAAUCACCUAGUCCAUUUGGGGAAAAUCAUCAAGGCCAUUUUGAUUUUGAUCCAACUAAUCCCUUUACAAGCAGAUUCAAACCGACAAGUGUGCUGUCAUCUUCUAGUCUUAAUGUGAAUCCUUCAAAAACUGAAGACCUCAGGAAUGCCACAGAUGGGAAUCCUUUUGAUGCUGCUGCAGGGUAUCGUAAUCUGACAUAUGAAGAGGUGUUACAAGAAUUAGUGAAACACAAAGAGCAACUUAAGAAGAAGGACACCCAUAUUCGUGAACUUGAGGACUACAUUGACAAUCUUCUUGUACGAGUAAUGGAAGAAACUCCCAGUAUUCUCCGAGUGCCAUAUGAACCUUCUCGACGAGCUGGCAAAUUUUCCAAAAGCUGAGUCUCUGCCACUACCCCAUGGCAUUUCUUUAGAGAGUAAUGAAAUGGACAGCUUAUUGAUACCCUACAUUCCACUACCCCUCAUUUCUUCCUGAAAGAUAGGUUGUCUCCAAAUAUCAACAGGUUUUGUCCACACCUGCACAUGAACUCAUAACAUUACAAAAUAAAACUAAGUUCUAUUUGCCAUAAGAUAUUCCUUUUACAUUAAAUAGUUACAUGAAGGUAGUUUUUACGUCAUAGUUAACUUCAUUACCACUGUACACAUAGGAUCCCAUACACUUGAAUAUUUUCUGUGCACCUCAGUCAGUCUCUUUGAUACAGCAUGCUGUCAGCGUGGAUGCGCACAAGCAGGUUGUAGUUUGCAAUUCUAAACAUGAAGAAAAAUGUGAUAAUGUGAGGCUUUAUUGUUAAUAUUUUAUUUAUUAAUAGCCACCAAACCAUGCUUAAUAAAGAAGAAGCGUCAUGCCAUGUUUUUGCCACAUGGAUUGGUUCUAAAGUGGAAUUCAUUUGAAAAAAUUAAACUGGGGAUCUCUAAAUUUUGUCUUUAUGAAUUUGGACUUUUCAAGUUAUUAAAGUAACAGCAAGUUAUUAGAGUUCCGUGGAAUAUAACAAACUAGAUAUGUUGCAUACAGGUAAAGCAUACCACCUAUUUAAACAUACAAGUAUACAUUAAGUAAAUCAAAAGAAGUGAUAUAUAAAUACCUCGUGUGGUUAAUGUUUGUGUGAUUUAAGACAGAUACAGCUCAUUGACAAUGUUUAAAGAAUCUGUAUGCCAGAAUAUGCAAUUUUCCCUGGCUUUUGCCAAAGUGUGACAAGAAAAUGCAAAUGUUAUACUUGUCUGCCUUUGCCAGUCUGGAUGGUGAUUGCUUUAAAUAAGUGGUUUAAAAACAACUAUAUUCUACUUCAAAUAUCAAAUAUUGUCCUUUAUUUGAACAUAAUGGAUGUAUUUAAAUUAACACACCUCAGAUAGGGUAAUAUUUGUAUAUAGUGUUGUGUCUGCCUCUCAAAGUAUCUGAAUGCAUUUUUUAAUGAAAAACACUGCUUUAUACCAAUCAAAAAAGUUAUUGUAUUGUAAUCUGCAUUAUACAGGAGUGUUUGCUAAGAUGAAGUUUUCAGAAGGAAGGAACAGUUGACUAUUAAAUAGUAGGAUUCCUUUGUGCUAAGGUAUGAAACAUGGGAAUCAUACAGAAGGACCUUUCUGUGGGAGAGGGGGGACUCUGAAGAAUAAAACUGACUUUCACCUUUUUAAAAUAAUAAUAAUAAUUGCCCCUUGUUUAGGUAGUUCACAGAUGCAUGCUUAAACCCCUUGCAGCUGUACUCCCUUUCUGUAGGCCCACAAAACGCCGUUGCAGAGGCAACCCUACUGGAAUGUCUGAAACCUCAACUCAAAGGAACAACAGUUUUUUUGCCAGGCAAGAGAGAUGCAGUCAAUGGAGCAGCAGCAAAAGAAUCUCAGUAUCUCAGGAGGUUUCUCUAUUAUCAUCCUAGUAGCUCAAAGGAGGAGGAUGGGUUUGGGUUUUCCCACUUGGGUAUUGUCAGUAAGAAGGCAGUGGACACCUUUUGGCUAUCAGCUUGCUUUGGCAGCACAUAUACUAAAAUUGGAACAAUACAGAGAAGCAAAAGCAGCGGCAGUAAAAUGGAAGGGGCUAGGCUAGAACUUCACAUACUUGAGAACAGUCCUCUAACUGCACACUCAGUUAGACAUGCACAAUACUGUGCCUCGUUUCUGUAUUAUGAAGUCUCCAACAGCCUUGAUAUUUCUGCGUGUCAUAUGUAUCAGGACAAAAAGGGUGGCAGAGAAAAGGAAUUUUGCAGCAAAAAUGCACAGGCAGUGUAUGCCCAAGGUCUUCAGGUUGCAUCUUGCAUGAGGAAAGUUAUCAGAAAGCCCUGCAGGGAGUCCCAGCUCUAGUUGAGGUUCUGCACUACAGAAAGUAAUCACUUAGGAUACGUUUUUCAUUCUGCUUGGCAGCUCCCUGCAACAAUCUUUUUUUUUCAACAGGCCCCCAUGCCCCACCCCCUUGUUGCAGAUGGGGGGCGGGGGGCGGGCGGGCAUUGCCACAAUUUAAUCUGUUUUAUCCCAGCAUCCUGGACUCCAUUCUUUCCCACCUGUCCUCAUGCCAGUUUCUGGGGUGUAGGUUUCUAAGAUGCCAGCAGUAAUGAGAAAUAACUUGCCCUUACUGUUUUUUAAAAACAGUGCUCAGGGGGGCUGUGGCUGUGACUGGCUGCCUAUUUAGUCAAAAUCCUCACCCACGCAGGGCUAGGGGACCUCGUGGAAACAGUUGUUUUUUCCUCCAGCAUGUGUACGGCUAUUUUUAAAACUAUACCAUGGUUAACACUGGUGCAGGUUAAGGAGAUUAGGAUUGUCACUAAAUCUUGGUCUGUCCUCAACAUGUAUGGCCAAUGCUGCCUAUGUCUAAGCUGGCACUGAAUUUAUAUCAGCCUGUCUGAUGUGGCUUAGUACGUACAUAUCUUCAGGAUGCCCCUGUGUAGAACUUCAUUCCCACCACAAGCUGUUCAUAGGCAGGCUUACGAUGGUUCUUUCUGUUAGUCUAAUUCAAGUCUUCACAUUUUUACUUUAUUAUAUUAUAUGCAAGUGCCAAAUGAUACAUUCUGAUCUGUUGUCAUUUUUUUGUGUAAAGUAGAUGUGCAUACCCAGUAUUUAUACCACACUGUAUUUAAAAAUAUUAAACAUCCAAAGCUUGGAGAUGUUUUCAUGUACGAAAGACUUCUGCUUGUGAGGUUGAAGGUCAUUGAUGAUGAACUUGAACUUGCAUUAUGUGCAACUUCAUCACAUCUCUUCAAUAAGUUACUCAAGUAAAAUAGAGAAGAGCAUAAGUCGAAUAACUCUUCAGCUUAUAUUGUUAGAAAUAUUUAUUUUCUAUUGCUUUUAAAAUUAUACUCAGAUCUUAAUGUGAAUGAUCAAAGUACAUAGUGAAAUAUAUCAAUUUUAACACAAAGAAGAAUCAACAAGAAUUUGAUGAUUGUGUGGUGUGUGUUUAUAGAUUGCAUUAGCUGAAAAACUUGUUUACCUUCUAGUCAUUACAUCCUCUCUGACUUUUAAAUUAGCAUCUUCUUUCUAAUACUUACUUGCAAGCAUCUGGAAAACACAGAUGUACCUUAGAUAAGGUAUUGUUUCUAAAAUAGGCAUAGUUCUUUUUUCACCAUCAAAUGUACAAUCUGAAUCUUAGUACAGCCAUUUGAUGAUGCACUAAGUCUUCUACAAAGACUUGAUGCAUCAUCAGACAGACGGUAGGCAGGCACACAACUGCCUUGUACAACGGUUCACUUUUUGGGAGCAGCAACCCAGCCCCAGCUGUGGUGGAGGCAGGAGUCUCUGUGUGUGACAGUAGGGUUGCUAUGUCAGGUUCACUUCAUCCACAUAUAAAGAAACCCAUCAAGUACAACCUUGGUGGGAUCACUCUCCAGUUUGAGAAUGUUUUCAGACUCAUUGGGUUUGUUAAGCCACAUGCAAUAUUAAUUGUAGAAUAAAACGUUGCCUACUAGAACAUUGUAUAUGUACCUUCAGUGUAAAAUAGCUUCUGCAGAGUAUUUUAGGAGUUGGAAAAAUCCAUCCUCUCAGGCCUCACAUGUCACACAUUCUUAACAGAGCUUUCUUGUUAACACAAAGGGCUUAUCAGCAAACAGACAUUUUGAAAUGUUCUUUUUGAAGCAGCACCGCCUACCAGCAGAAUCUUUAGUACUUUUGUAAAGAACAUGGAGUCAUGUUUAAGGUUGUAAAUAUCAAGUGAAAAGUUACUGCCAUCAAAAAGAAUGCUUAAUAUUUGUAUUACUUUUGCUGUUGUGUUUUUAUGCUGAGCUUGAUUGCCAAUUAUCAAUGAAUGUAGAACUAUUCAUAGAUGAAGCUUAGCUACAUCUGAUAUCAGCUGUAAAUCAAGGGCUAAUUGUAAUGUUUCAGCAAUGACAGUGUCACCUUGUAUUUGAAGGUUUUAUGAAUCCAUCCACUUUCUCAAUUAAGCAUCAGUUCAGUCCCUCCCCAUUCCAAUCUCAUAAUCUUUGCUCAGUUAAAAUAUUUUAAAGCAUUUUGUCUAUAUUGCCACACUAAAAUAUUAUUUACAGCUAUACCUUUUAAAGAUGAAUGUAGAUUAAAUUUUCCCAGAACUGGAAGUUUUUACAGCCCUGACUAUAAUAGUAUAUGAACGUGUAUGUAUUUUUAAAUGUAUGUAAUGUAUGCCCACUUCUGUGCUCUCAAAAGCAACUGAUUACUGAUUAAAUAACUGCUAAAUUAAAAGGGCUUCUAAUCCUGCUAAAAUUAUUUUGUUCAGUUAUUUAAGGAGCUUAUUUCCAGAAGUUCAAAAAGUACUGUUAGUACAGUAGCAUGGCUUACACUUCUGUAUCCCCAUUCUGUUUAUCCAGAUAUAUUCUAAAUGUGAUUAUAGUUUACUGGCAGUAUUAAAUAUGCAGCAGUAUUGUCCAAAGGUUGAGGGUCCUCUUUUUUUCUACCAAGUAGUAGUCAAAACUACACAUUCUGGUGAUGUUCUGUGAUUGACAAUGCAAUCUUAAUCUUCAGUGGGCUUAGAAGGGUGUAACUGUUUAGGAAGCUAUUGCUUUAAGAUUACCAAGCACCCUUGAGAGGGUCUGAGUCUGCAUGAAGGCUGUAGUGGUGGAGUAGAUAUGGGAUUAACUCUUUUCCCCUGUAUUAUUUCUCUAAUAUUUAGAGAUCAAACAUCCAAGUUGCUAUUUGCCUCUGUUGGGGAAAAGACAGGUAUUAAAGAGAAUAAUCUCUGCCCCCCCCCCCUUUACUAGAGCUAUAAGUAUCUUGGGGUGCAGUCAGUUUCUAUCAGAAAAACAAUGUGUAUGGAAAAAGGAGUUAAAACUCUUCCUAUGUCACAACUGCAGUCCAAAUCAAGUGCCAUCCCAACAGCUGCAAUCUGAGUAUUCUGAUUACAAAUCUAAUGUGUAAUUGGGUCCUAACAAUGCCUGUAGCAUUGUUGGAACCUCAUUUGAUAUUUUCAAAUAUGCUGUUUCAAUCUUACACAUGAUGCAACUGUUCCAUUGAGCAUAGAUGUUUUCCAGUUGGUAUAUUUGUUUUGGUACAACAUAAUGCUGUAGAAUCAUAAAGCAAGUCAACAAAAGAUAUGAGCAUGUCUUGGCAAACAAGGUUUUGUUUUUGUGCAAUGAUUGAUCAAGUGUGUAUUUUUAUGGCCAUGGAAAGUCACAUCUUAUAGGUCUGCGUGGCAUCUGUAUGUGUAGAAAGUUGAAAAGCAUGUCAUGUCAUUUGGGGUUGUGUUUGUAGUCCUUCUUACUUGGUCAAAACUGUGAUCUUGAUUUUAGAAUUUCCCCAGUUGUUGUUGCAUGUCAGACACCAAUAAAAUUCCAUUGUGCACUGCA